AUGACGGAGAACAAGAAUGAGUGGAUCCCUGGGUCUGGGGUCCCUUCUGUGGUGCAAGUGAGGCUGCAGCAGGGCUGCGUCAAGAGCAGUGUGGGCAGCAGGGUCCUGAUAACCGUGAGCGGUGCAAACAGGCCGAGCAAAACGCGGGAGGAUGUCGCCGAGCGGCGGUGGCCGGGAACACGGUGCCGAGCCGAGCGGAUCCGUAGCCCCCCGGCGCCGCCGCGCCCGCGCCUCACAGCUCUGUCCUUCAGCCACCAGUGUCACCACCAGCAGGACCUCCUGGGACCAAAGGGUUUGUCCUGCCCAAACAGCCCCCAAGUGUCUAGAGAGAUGAUGAGGGGAGGGACCCCCAGCAGUGCCCGUGGUGCUGCUAUGUGCUCGCUCCAGUGUCUUGUGCUCCUGGCCAGCCUCCUCCCACCAGCCCUGGGCUCAUGGGGAGUCACCUACCCUGAGUCCCUCUGGAGUGUCAGGGGCUCCUGCGUGCUGAUCCCCUGUGCCCUCAGCUACCCCGACAGCGUGGUGGCCAGCGAGGGCAUCGUGGCCCUCUGGUACAAGGACUACAACGACCAGAAGACGGUGGUGUACCAUUCGGCUGCCCAGGAGGUGGACGCUCGCUUCAGGGGCCGUGCCCGCCUGCUGGGGGACCUGGCUGCCCGCAACUGCAGCCUGCUGCUGGCAGAGCUGACGUCGGAGGACGCCGGACCCUACCGGUUCCGCUUUGAGAUCGUCAACGGCGACCGCUGGUCGGCGGCACGGGAUGUGAUGCUCAGCGUAUCGGAUGACUUCGAGAGCCCAAUCGUUGCCAGCCCCGAGGAGCAAACCGAGGGACAAACGUCCACCUUGGUGUGCUCCACGCCCUACGUCUGUCCCCCGGGAGAUGUCGCCCUACGCUGGGAGGGCUACGACCCACAGGUCUCGGUGGUGUCCAGCCGCUUCCAGCUGGACACGAGUGGGGCUGGCUACUACCUGACCCUCACCACCUCCUUCUCCUGGAAGGACCACUCCAAAAAGCUGCUCUGUGAAGCUUCUUACGGGUCCAAGAAGGCCACUGGGGAGGUCAUCCUGCGGGUGAGACAUGCCCCAAAGGACACCCAGGUGUCAGCCACCCCCUCCACACAGAACAUCUGUGUGGGUGACACAGUGUCCCUCACCUGCGAGGUGAGCAGCAGCUACCCUCCCAUCUCAGCAUACCACUGGUACAAGGAUGGGGUGGCCAUAAGCACUGAGAAGACCCUGACCCUCCGAGAUGUUCAGCGUGAGGACUACGGGCAGUACCACUGUGAAGCUCAGAAUGCCAUGGGGGUUGGCACAGCACCUGCCCUGACCCUCUAUGUCUUCUCUGCCGAGAUCUCAGUGAGGCCUGCGGCCGAGGUGCGGGAGGGGACAGCCACCACCUUGUCCUGUGAUGUCCCUGUCAGGGAGGGCCAGGACCUCAGCUACACCUGGUACAAGAACAGUGCCUGGCUCAAGGAGGGCCCAGCACACACCCUGCUCUUCCACCACGUGGCUGCCACCGAUGCUGGCUAUUACUCCUGCAAGGUGACCAACGACUGGGGCAGUGACACAUCCCAGCCCAUCAGCCUGAGCGUGACAUACCCUCCCCGGAACCCCACCGUGACGCUCUUCCAGGAGACCCAGGGCGGCCGGGUGGCCAUCGUGGGCUGUGCCGUGGACAGCCACCCUCCCGCCGCCAUGGCCCUUUACCGUGGUGCCACCCUGCUGGCAGCCAGCGGGUGGCAGGCAGCCCCGCGCCAGCGGUUUGGCGUCGCUGCCGCCCGCAACAGCCUGCGGCUGGAGAUCCGCGGCGUGGGGCCGGGGGACGCCGGGGAGUACCUCUGCACCGCCACCAACGCCCUCGGCAACGCCACCGCCGCCAAGCUUUUCAUCCCCCGCGCUACAGAGGUUCUGAUCCAGCCCUCAGCAGAGGUGCAGGAAGGGACAGCCGUCACCUUGACCUGUCUGGGGGAUCAGGAUGAAGCAGAGGAGACCUUCUACACGUGGUACAGGAACAGCAAGAGGCUGCAGGAGAGCUCCUCCCGAGCACUGCGCUUCCCCAGCAUCCGUGCUGAGGACGCAGGAGCUUUCCAGUGCCAGCUCCAGCGCCGCAACAGCAGCCACACCUCGGCGGCCGUCCCGCUCCGUGUGCUCUUUCCACCAAGGCAACCAGUGAUGAGCUCCUUCCUGGAAACCCAAGGUGGGCAAGUGGGCAUCAUCCAGUGCACCGUUGAGAGUGACCCAGAGGCCAGCCUGACUCUGUGGCAAGGAGAAGAAGCCAUAGCCUGCACCCAGGGCUGCCUCCCGGCCCCUAACCCCAGGGUCCACGUCACCUUGUCCUACAACAGCCUGAAGGUGGAGAUCUGGGAGGUGGUGCUGGAGGAUGAGGGGACCUACGAGUGCUGGGCUAGGAACUCACUGGGCAAUGCCAGCGUGGCCAUGGACUUCAGAGCUGAGACUGCCAGCAUCUCAGUGUCCCCAUCCUCCCGCGUGCUGGAAGGCCACACUGCCAACCUGACCUGUCACCUCAGCAGCCACUCCCUGGCACUGCCCAACUUCACCUGGUACCACGACGGGCAGCGGCUUGCCGAAGGCUCAGCCUCCUCCCUGCUCUUUCAGCCUGUGGCCAGCAGGCACUCGGGGCUGUACCGCUGCAGCGCCACCACGGAGGGCAGCAGCCGGAGCUCCGCCGCUGUCUCCCUGGACGUGCUGUAUCCCCCCCGGGACCUCCACUUGACAGCAUUCCUGGAGGUGGAGAGAGGCCACCUGGCCAUCUUCCAGUGCUUGGUGUCAAGCAACCCUCCUGCCCAGCUGGCCCUGCACCGAGGUGAGGAGCUGGUGGCCACCAGCGGUGGCGGCAGCAGUCCGCGGGUCAGCGUCUCGGCUGCCCCCAACGCCCUGAAGGUGGAGAUCGUGGACGUGACACCAGCAGAUGAAGGCAGCUACCACUGCACGGCCACCAACGCACAUGGUGCCACCACAGGGCGACAGUACCUCCGUGUGCAGACUGCCCGAGUCCUCAUCUCACCAUCUGCAGAGGUGCUGGAAGGAGGAGAUGUCUCCCUGACAUGUCAAGUGGCAGGGGAGUCACAGGGUGACACUGUCUACUCCUGGUACAAGAACAGUGAAUGGCUUCAAGAGAGCCCAGACAACCUCCUGUCUCUGCCCCACAUCACCAGCAGUGCUGCUGGCUCCUACCACUGCCGAGCCCGCAGCCCCUCGGAGACCAGCACCUCCCCGGCUGUCAGCCUGCGUGUCACCUAUCCUCCACGGGUGCCAGUGCUGACAUCCUUCCUGGAGACCCCCGGUGGGCAGCGAGGUGUCCUGCAGUGCACGGUGGACAGCAGCCCGCAGGCAGAGCUGGCUCUCUACAAGGACCAGGUGUUGGUGGCCUCCACGGCGCCACCUCAACCCAUCACCCUGCCACGGCACAGUGUCACCUUGGCCUUCAACACGCUGCGGGUCAGCAUCAGCCCCGUGCUGCUGGAGGAUGAGGGCGAGUACCUGUGCUCUGCCAGCAAUGCCCAUGGCAAUGCCAGUGCCAUGGCCACCUUCACGGCAGGCACUACCAGGGUCUGGAUCUCCCCCUCCCCAGACGUCCGGGAAGGUGAUGCUGUCAACCUGACCUGUGUGGUGGACACCAACGAUGAGGAAGCUCUGAGCUACACCUGGUACAAGAACAGGGUCUGGCUCAGCAGUAGCUCAGCUCCAACCCUCACCUUCCCCACUGUUGCUGCUGUUGAUGCUGCUUCCUACUACUGCUCUGUUCAGACCCCGGUGCGGAAUCGCAGCUCAGCUCCUGCCACCCUCAACGUCCUCUACCCCCCCAGGAACCUGCAGCUGAAGGCCUUCAUGGAGGGUGGCAAGGGGACCUCAGUCAUCCUCCUCUGCACCGUGGAAAGCAACCCCCUGUCCCACAUCACCCUGCUCAAGGAGGGGCAGCUGGUGGCCUCCAGCCCCUCUAUGGAAGGUGACCACCUUAGGCAGAGCAUCCAUAUCUCCUCUUCUCCCAAUGUGCUGAGGCUGGAGCUCCAGGAGGCCACUGAGGAAGAUGAGGGUGAAUACGUGUGCUUGGCACAAAGUCAGCUUGGCAGCACCCACACAGCCCUGCCCCUCCGUGUGCACGCCAUCAGGGUGGUGGUCACACCCUCCACCGAGGUGCCCGAGGGGACCGACGUGAUCCUGACCUGCCAGGAUGUGGGUGCCCACCCGGGCACACUCUACACGUGGUACAAGAACGGCAGAUGGUUGGUGGAAGGUUUUGACGCCUCCUUCGCCCUCCCCAGCGCCUGGCGAACGGACGCGGGUGUUUACGGCUGCCAGGCGAGCAGGGGGCCGCGGCGCCGCUGGGCACCCCCCGUCAGCCUGCGGGUGCUGUAUGCACCCCAGGAACCAUCCUUUGUCUCCCUGGUGGAGUCCCAGGGUGGGCAUCAUGCCAUCCUGCUCUGCACUGCUGACAGCUUCCCACCCUCUGACAUCACCCUGCAUCGAGGUCAUGGCCACACUCCACUGGCCUCCACACGGGGACCAGCUGACCCACGCUUCAUAGUCCACUUGACGCCCAACUCCCUGCGGCUGGAGAUGGUGGAGUUGGAGCUACAGGACACAGGGCUCUAUAUCUGCUCCGCCAACAACAGCUAUGGCACUGCCUCCUCGGCCCUGCACCUGGAUGUGGGAGGGGUCAAAAUCGUGGUUGAGCCUUCACCAGAAGUCACUGAAGGCACCAAAGCUAUCAUGACUUGCUUGGGCAUCCCUUGGGUGGGCAAGGAGGCCAACUACACCUGGUACAAGAACAGCAGGUGGCUACAGGACGGACCAGUGGCCUCUCUUGCCCUCACCCAUGUCUCCAGCACUGACGCCGGCUCCUACCGCUGCCGGGCGAGCGGCACACGGGGCAGUGCCACCUCGGCCCCGCUCAGCCUCAGUGUGCUCUACCCACCUCGGGAUGUGUCCAUCAGCACCUUCCUGGAGAACCGCAGCGGGCAAGUGGGCAUCCUGCUGUGCACGGCCGACAGCCACCCGCCUUCCACCAUGCUCCUGUACCACCACGGCCAGCUCCUGGCCUCCAGCCUGGCCCCAGCCGCUUCUCCAGCAUUCCGAGUGUACCCCUCCCACAACAGCCUGCGUGUGGAGCUCCAGGAUGUGGGACCAGAGCAUUCGGGCGAGUACAUCUGCAUGGCCAGCAGCCCCCUGGGCAAUGCCACCGCCAGUGCCUACUUCAGUGUGCACACUCUCACCUACCUCCAGGCCCUCACUGUAGUGGCUGCCCUGCUGAUGGCUCUUAUCUGUGUGGCCACCUUGACUGUUCUGGCUGUGAAGCUGUGGCCCAGGAUGAGGAGGUUUAGGGGCUUGUCCAACUCUGAGGACACCUUUGAGCUGAGGAGCAAACAGGAGCGAGCUCAGGUGGAUGGAGCUUCCUAAACCAGUGCUGGUUUGGCUCAGGAGCAGUUAUAGCAGCUGGUACUGGAACCAUACAGCCUCAGCUUGGCUGGAUCCAGGCCCCAGGGAUAACCUAGCCCUGUUCCCAUUCCUUCUCAACCCCUCUCCUGUCCCGUGCUGCCCCUCAUCCCUCCCCACCAUGGAUGUUGUUCUUAUGCUGGGCAUGGCUGGUGCUUGUCACCACCCGUGCCAGGCACUGGCAAGCUGUGACGGAUCAGAGCUGCUCUCUUCCAGUGACAACCUCAGGAGAAAAAUAAUCUCUCCGUGGUGGUGCAACCCCAGGAACAACCUCUCCUGUCCAUCAUCCUCCUGUCUCCUCCACCCCUCCAAAGCCACCAUCCCAGAGUGCUGCCCACAGCCCUUCUGUGUGCCAGGGCCUCCCUGUGUUGUUCCUGCAAAUAAACCACAAC